UGUUUAUUGAUUCUAACAUAGUGCUAGUAAACACGGGAUAGUGGAAACUUUUGUUACUGUGUUCACUCAAGCGGCGUAUUUGUGGGUCUGAGCUGGCUUGUACUUGAAAAACCACCAGGGCAUCGACAGGCAGCGCUGACGUAGGGGUAGAAGACGCAGGACAUGGAGUUGCUACAGAGGCUGCCUCACCUGGAGCAGCUACUGGACUGGAUCAAGCUUAAGGGAUGGGAGGAAUGGUUGCCUACCAGUCUCACCGGCCGGGCUGUUCUAGUGGGGUCAGGCGUCGGAGUGGUCGUUUAUCUCAUCACCAAGAAGAGGUACAAGCUACCCCCUGGACCCCGAGGAUGGCCGUUGCUUGGGAACCUUCUAGAUUUCCGGAACGCAACUAUCUACGAGAAGAUAACGGAGUGGACAGCUCAGUAUGGUCCUGUUGUGAGGUUUAAUAUGGGACCAAUGACAAUGGUAGCUCUCAACAAUAUAGACGUUGUGAUGGAGGCACUUGUUAAACGACAGGCGGACUUUGCAGGGCGGCCCCAGUCUUAUACAUCCCAACUUCUCAGUGACGGAGGGAGGAGUAUCGCCUUCGGAGACUACAGCCCUACUUGGAAACUACACAGGAAGCUGGCUUCAAAAGCAUUGAAACACUACAUGACGGGUACCCGCCUAGACCAGGGGAUAGAGCGCUCCCUCACUAAAGGCAUAGAGCUGAUACAGGAGAUGGAGGGGCCAUUCAAUCCUCAUCACGUUGUCUCCCUCAUUGUGUUCAACAUCAUCAACAAUAUCUGCUUCAGUGUCACAUGCGACGUUGACGACAACUACUUCAAAGAGAUGUUGCGCAUUUUAGACUCCUUCCUGGACGACCUCGGCAACGGCUUUCUUGAGGAUAUAAUCCCCCCUCUUCGUCUCUUCCACACCAAGAAGCUGAAAACUGUAAUAAAAGUCUUGGAGGAGUUCUUUGAUAACUUGAAUAAAGAAAUUGACAAGCAUCGACAGACCAUAUCUAAAGAUAACAUCCGUGAUUUCUGUGAUGCCCUGUUACUGGCUCAAGAAGAAGCCCGUGACGAAGAGGACCCGGACGUGAUGUCACAGAUGAGUGACCGCCAUAUCACUCAGACUCUCUCUGACAUAUUUUCUGCCGGGAUGGACACCUCUCGCUUCACGCUGCUGUGGACGCUACUGGAACUGGCUCAGCACCCUGACAUCCAGGACAAGCUUCACACGGAGGUCGACCGAGCCCUGGGUUCCAGUCGUUUCCCCAGUGUAUCAGACAGGAGUAGUCUCCCUUACACUGACGCUGUGCUUCACGAGAGCAUGAGGUUACACACCGUGGUGCCAAGCGGACUUCCCCACAAAGCACUGUGUGAUACGAAAGUCGGUGGCUAUGACAUUCCCAAAGGAACCACCGUCGUUAUCAACCACUACGCUUUGCACCAGGAUCCAGAACAGUGGCGGGACCCGCAAGUAUACAAUCCAGACCGGUUCCUUGACAAUGAUGGCAAGAUGGCUGCCAAACCAGAGAGCUGGCUUCCGUUCUCCGCUGGAAGAAGAGUGUGUCUCGGAGAGAGCGUGGCCAAGCCGGAACUGCAUCUUCUGCUGGCUGGAAUCAUGAGGCAUUUCAAAGUAUCCCUCCCACCUGGAGCUAAGGUGAACCUUGAGCCUGGUGGAUCAUCUUUCGCAAACGUACCACAACAUUAUGAACUCAAUUUUGAAUCGAGACUUUAGCUCAGAUUUUAUACUGGGAUAAAACAACAGGAACAAGAAUCUAUUGUACAUAUGAUUAGCAAAUAGUUGUUUUCUAUGAUGGUAUGGCUGUUGUUAAUAUACGUGUUCAAGGCAUUUUAAUGUGAGUAUAUGUCCCAGCACAAUCAAGUCUCGCCUGGAUAGAUUAGUGAAGGCAGUUUUGUGUUGCUGUAAGCAAUAUUCAAGCUACAUCAAAUUAGGCUGAUAAAACUGAUUCGUGGCCAGACAGAAUAUCAGAUCCUCAUUAGACGGUACAUAGGGUGUUCUCUGAUCCUGGGUACUUAUUCUGUCCAGGAAAACACACAGGGCUACAGUUGAGGUGAAAUAAAAGAAACACAUAAACGACUAUUAGGGUCCUAAUUAUCAAAAAAUAGAUGAUCUCUCGACUGUUUACUGGCACAUAUUUGAUUAUUUUAGUUAUAGACAUUCCACGAUAUUCUAGGAACCACAGGGAUCGCUUGUCUAACUUUUGUGUAACGUAUUCAAGAUGUAUAACUGAUAACUGAUGAAGAAUCUGAUGGAUUGGAACAUUCGAACGGAUGAAAAUACAUAAUCCAAAUGCCUUUAUUAACAUGUUAAAAGUCCACGAUGAUAAUCGAAAUAACGAAUGUUUUUCACAUGUAGGAUUGCUGCUCUUCACUGCACGAUUUCCAUAUGAAUGGCUAGUUCAGGAUUGUAGAAACAUUGAUCACUUCAUACAUACUUUAAAAUACACUUUCAGUUGUCCAUUCCUAUAAUAUCAAUCACUAAGUCGCCUUAUGACAACGCCCUAUGACAACGCUUCUGGCGUUGACGUUUUCAAUAGACAUAAACAUACUGCAGUGGGUCCAGACAAUACGUAACUCAACAUUUCUCUCAAAUUACUGAUCAUUUAAAGUCAGCAUUAGAACCCGAACUACGUGGAUGUUGAAAUGAAAGAUGUGAUGGGAAUAUUAGCUAUAUUUCGUUUUCAUUAUCACAGUGUAAAGUUUCAGAAACAACGUUAUUGUAAAACCUUGUCCCACCUGACCAGUCACUUUGUGAACAUUGUAACUUAAAUGCUUUAUUUAAUUUUAAUAUGCUUGUUCCAUAUUUCCGAUAAUAUUGUUACCAUUUUCCUUCAUGGUCCAAAUGUCAAGCUUCGAUUAGUACAAAAUGUGUAAAUGUAUUAAAGGAAAUAUCAAUAUUCUUAAAAA